AUGGCAGCACGACUUGAAAAGGGCACCACAUCCACGGCUGAGGGCCGGGGAGGAGAAGAACAGGGUAUAGAUCCCAGGAAGCUCGAUGAGGAUGAGGAUGAGCCCGUGCCCAAGCUUGUGCCCCGAGGUAGCUGCUUCGGCAGAAAAGUAGGAGCAGCAGCUCAGAUUUUGGAUCCUGGCAUGGGUUCCUUUGGGAUGGACUGGAACCAGAAGGCCUCCGUGUUGUGGGACUGGGAGAAUUUGCUGCCCAUAGGCGCAAACGGGAGCGAGAACCCUAGGAUGACUGCUGCGCCUCAGGGUGAGGCCAAGUUUGCAGGCCUUGAGGCCACAAGGCAUGAAUCAGUGCAUUCUUCCUGCGGCACCUUCUCUUCCAGCUCGGAGAUGGGGUAUGGUUCAUCCAAGAGCGCCAUAUCCGCGUCGACUGAUUCUUCGCCCAAGGCUAAGGGGAACAACAUGGAGCUCAAUUUCGUGCCUGCCAAAGCGCCUGACAAGAACACCAGCAAGAACACUGAUUCGGGAAAGGUUAAUGAUGCCAGGACCUCUCCAUCAUCGGUGAUUGCCAUCAGCAGUGGAGAGCCGGUGCUAAGCCUGAAACUUGGCAAGAGAACAUAUUUUGAAGAUGUCUGUGGAGAGCAGAGUGUCAAGAGUUUGCCGUCAGAUACGAGUGCAGUGACUCCUCCUCCUGCUUCUGCGAAGAAGGCAAAAGCGGCUCCAAACACUCGGAAAUCUUACUGUCAGGUUGAAGGCUGCAAGGUUGAUCUCUCUUCUGCUAAAGAGUACCAUCGGAAGCACAGAGUCUGUGAACCUCAUUCUAAGGCUCCCGAGGUGGUUGUUGCUGGUCUGGAGCGGCGCUUUUGUCAACAGUGUAGCCGGUUCCAUGGAUUAUCUGAGUUUGACCAGAAGAAAAAAAGCUGCCGCAGGCGCCUCAACGAUCACAAUGCCCGCAGACGGAAGCCACAGCCUGAAGCACUUUCUUUUGGUUCAUCAAGGCUGUCCGCAAUGUUCUAUGACACAAGACAACAGACAAGCCUUCUGUUUGGUCAAGGUCCUUAUGGUCAAAUGAGAAGCUGUGCAAGUUCUUCAUGGGAUAACCCAGUAGGAGGCUUCAAAUUUGCAGAAACAAAAGCUCCUUGGUUAAGAGCUGCUGGUGUUGAUGGGUUGCAUCUAUCAAGUCAGCAGGUGUGGAACAACUUUAUGCCACAUGGUGUCCAUCAAGAUUUUGAUGGGUUCACAGCUUUAAAAGGAACCAAUGCAAAGGUCCUUGAUCAAGGCGAUGAAGCUUCUGCGGUCGUCUCGAACCCAGACAGAGCCCCGGAUCUUCAGCGUGCUCUCUCUCUUCUGUCAAACAGUCCAGCCGGUGCGGGUACCAACCAGCAGCCGACUGCUCAGCUGCACCACCACCACGCUGGCCUGAGCACCCUCGCCGCCAGCUCCAGCUCCUUGAUGCAAGCCUCAUCACCAGGGCUGUGGCAAGACAGCGGUAGCGUGGCCCUGGGCCACCAUGCCCACGCCCACACGCGGUUUCAGGCUCUCGAUGCCACAGGCAGUGGCGCUGCCAUUGCAACAACGGCUCAGGAGCUGCUCCAGCUCCCGAGGCCGCCGUCCUCGUACGACAGCCCCUCGUCCCACUACGACCUGAUGCGCUGA